AUGACAUAUAAUGAGUCAAAUGGGUUUGAGGUAAAUCAGGUUUCUCCGAACAUUUAUCAAGUUGGUGACAAUUUAGAACACCACUUUGUGGAUUUUUACGAAAUGACAUGUACGUGUAGAAGAUUUGAUUUGGACAAGUUUCCAUGUACGCAUGCAAUUGCUGCAACAAGGUUUAAAGGAGACGAGGGCUAUAAAUUAUGUACCCCCUUUUACACGAGUAUUUGUUGGAAGCAAGCUUAUUCUAAAUUUGUAUAUCCUUUGCCGAACGAGGUCGAAUGGCAAAUUCCUAAGAAUGUGAUAGCCAGAGAAAUAUUUCUACCAUUGGUACGAAGACAGGGCGGACGACCAUCAAAAAAGAGGAAAAGGUCGGUCGGAGAGACGCGUGUGGCUCGGAAUGCAAACUAUGUUCAUGUCGUUACAGUAGACAUGAAUGUCGUUCCAGUUCAAAAAUUGUACAGAUUAACAUAA